UCCCCUCCCCCAACCGCAUCCCAAAACCAGUCCAGCUCGUCCCUGCCUCCCUAACCUGUUCUUCCUCCCACUUAUCCCCUCCUCCCACCUCAAGCCGCACCUCCAUCUCCUACCGACCAACCUCAUCCCGCCCCCUUGACCUGUCCGUCCUCCCUGGACUGACCUAUCCCCUUCCUAACUCCCCACCUACACUCACCUUUCCUGGCUCCAUCCCCGCCUCUUCGACCUGUUUGUUUCCUCUCCACCUAUCCUCUCCCACUCUCUCCCUAUUUAUUUCAAAACCCCCUUCCCCUCCCCCUUUUCUGAUGAAGGGUCUAGGCCCGAAACGUCAGCCUCCUGUGUUCAUCCAGCCCUGCACCUUGUUGUCACACAUGAAGAGUAUGCUCUUGGAUGAGGCAUUGAGAUUGCUGCUCCCUCUGACACUGUAGCACAAGAAAAGUCAAUGAAAAUGGAAGAAAAUUUAAAAAUAAUUACUGAAUGCAUCUUGAUUUAACAGUAAGAAAUUCCUAAUUUAAAGAUCUUCAUGCAUUUCCAUGCCAAUACAGACUUAUUUUGCAGAACGAAGGAACUCAUCCAUGGCAGAACAUGAACUGGGACACUCAGCUAAAUUCCAUAUUGAAUGAUACUGACUGCAAUGUUGCAAAAAUUAAGAAAAGAUUGAACACAGCAGGUUAUUAUGCAAAAGUUGGCUCACUUGAUAAAAUGGAACAUGUUCGGUUCAGUGAUCCUAUAUCAGUUACAAUGGAACCCUCUUCCUAUUCAGAUAUGUUAAGCUAUAAAUUACCUAAAGAAGAAUUAAUGGGUAUCUACAGACAGCUCCAAUCCCAAGGAAAAACAAUUGAAUUUUUACAACAAGCUUUAUUGAGAGUUGAAACAGAAAAGGUACAGCAAAAGCAAAAAAUUCGAUCAUUAGAAGAGGACAUUCGACGAUUACAGAGUAAAUCUGAAGAAAGAUGUUUGGAUUUCCAGUUGGAGAGGAAAAUGGAAGAGUGGCGGCAGGAGAUGUCAAAUGAAAUUUACAGCUUACGAGAGCAAGUACAACAUGUGGAUGGGAGAUUUAGUCAUGGAAAAAUCACAGUUUCUAGUCUGAUGCAAGAAGUGCAGCAAAGCAAAAAACAUCUAUGUGAAGAACAUGACUCACUUCGAAGGGAGAUUGAUAAUUUGAAGCACAAAAUAUGGAGACAAGAGGAGGAACUACUGAAUCACAUUUCUGAUACAAGGGAACUUAAGCAAUCACAGGAGAAAAGUAGUAAGAUUCUGAGAGAAUUGAUGAGUAAGUAUCAAUUGCACCUUUUGGAUUCUAACAAGUCAGUUCAUGAACGAGCGUAUGCAGAACAAGAGCUUACACACCUCAGAUCUACUGUUGCUGGCUUGAAGGAACAACUGAGAAACAUCCAUCUAGCUGACAACCGGACCAGUACACCAUCAAAACCAGAUGAAAGAAAACAGUACCAAAAGAACCACCAAUCUGUGACCCAGUCACUAAAUGAAGAUUCUGACUCCACUCUAAGUUGCACUCUGAGUUUGGGAGACACCAGCUCAGAUGACGACUUUUCAUCGUUGCAAGAUCUUGAUUUAGAUCCUCUGUGUAUAAAAGAUGUUGGGUACAAUUCUGCCUUGCACAUCGAGGAAUGUGAGAACGAACCAAGAACAAAUUAUUCUGAUGAAGAUCUUAGCGUGGAUUUAGGAGGGCUAUCUGACAACGCACCUGAACUAACUCUCAGUGAUCUGUCUUGAGUAUCGGAGUCUUCAAAAACAGGAGCCUUGCAGAGUGAUAUUUCUGCAAUAUUUCUCAUAAAGACCCCUUUAACAUUUUCAAAGAUUUGCACCUUAUUAAUAUUUAAAUCAAGAUUCUCCAGGUCAAAGGCAAUAACUUCUAUCUGUACUGUGACAGUGAUAUCCAUACUUUAGGUAUACUUGAUUUAGAUUUAAAAAAGCAAUUUCAGUUUUUUUUAAAAAACAGAUUGUUUAUGGUGCCAGGCAAAAAACAUUCAAAAAUUGGUUAAACUUUUACAAGUGAACUAGCAAAGAAAUAUGGGGCUCUGACUUGACAUCAGUUUGAAUGAACGUGGAAGAAUUGUUUAGCACCAGGGAACCACUCGGGUUUGUUCUGAUUUUCUCUUAACUAUUAAGAAAUAGAAUAAUCACAGUAAAUUA